UAUAGAAAUAUACCCAGAAUCAAGAUGUAAUUUCGGAUUUAUUGAAUUCGCAUAAAAUUCAAAGAACUAACAGCAGCUGUGUUUCUUGACCUAGUGUAAACAGGACUUUAGAUCAAGUCAGUAAUCGAUGGUUACGGUGAAUAUAUCGAUGCUAACAGAUUUCUGGAACAUCGAUUGCAUGAAACAGACAUCGAGUAUCUUCCACCUCUAGUGUGCAAAUUGAAUAAUAACAAUAAUGCGUGAGUUGUUCUCCGGAUCGGAAGAAAUCAACAAAGAGAUCUAAGAAAUCAGUUUUAAUGGCAUACUAAGUGAAACUAGGUAGAGCAACGAGUUCCUCCGGCUGCGGCUGCUGCUGCUGUUGCUUGGGCACACUUCUGGGCAACGCAUUGUCGCCGCCGACCGCAAAGCUGGGCAAAAUUAUGAACUUGUGUUCUUCGGGCGCAACGGCAUCGACCACAUCGUUAUCGUCCACGGGCCAAGCGGAGAGGAGCGGGGGUGUUCCGGGCGGAGGAGCUGAAGGCGGCGGAGGAGGAGGAGGCGCAGGUAGCGGAAACGGCGGCGGCGGCGGCAAGUCUAGUGACGGAACCUCCGAGGCCCCAUCACUCUGUUUUGCUGGAGGACCGGGCAUAGCAGGUGCAAUCCCCGGAGCGGAGGAAUUGCCCAACGCAACCAGCCCGGCAAACGGAGCAAGCACAAGCCAACAAGGCCAACAACCCACUGGCAGCAACGGUCAUAGCCAGCUUCACAACGAAAAUAACGCAAUCAAGCCGCCCGAAACGCGUCCCAAAAUGGUGACCGUCAAGCAUCCGGAGUCCAAUAAGCCCAAGCCCACCACCAAGAAGAGCAAGCCCAUUCAGGCGGAUCAGGAUGUCAUAAAGGCGCUGCAACGAUGCCGCGAUGAAGGCAUCAAACGCUUGGACCUGAGCAAAUCCUCAAUCACAGUGCUCCCUAGCACGGUGAAGGAGUGUGUGCAUUUGACGGAGCUGUACCUGUACAGCAACAAGAUCGGCCAACUUCCUGCGGAGAUCGGUUGUCUAGUGAGCCUGCGGAAUCUAGCACUGAACGAGAACUCGCUGACAUCUCUGCCAGAGUCCCUGCAAAACUGCAGCCAACUAAAGGUGCUUGAUCUGCGACAUAACAAGUUGGCGGAGAUUCCGCCAGUCAUCUACCGACUGCGCAGCUUGACCACUCUAUACCUGCGCUUCAAUCGAAUCACCACCGUGGCGGACGAUCUCCGCCAGCUUGUCAACCUGACCAUGCUAAGUUUGCGGGAGAACAAGAUCCGGGAGUUGGGCAGCGCUAUCGGUGCACUGGUGAACCUGACCACGCUGGACGUGUCACACAAUCACCUGGAGCACCUGCCCGAGGACAUUGGGAACUGCGUAAACCUCAGUGCUUUGGACUUGCAGCAUAAUGAACUGCUGGACAUCCCCGAUAGUAUUGGAAACCUUAAGUCCUUGGUGCGUCUAGGCAUGAGAUACAAUCGUUUAAGUAGCGUGCCGGCCACUUUAAAGAACUGCAAGAGCAUGGAUGAGUUCAAUGUGGAAGGCAACGGAAUAACUCAGCUACCAGACGGUAUGCUGGCCAGCUUGAGCGGCUUAACUACUAUCACUCUUUCAAGGAAUCAGUUCACUAGUUAUCCAACGGGCGGUCCAGCCCAGUUCACCAAUGUCUAUAGCAUUAACCUCGAACACAAUCGGAUCGAUAAGAUUCCUUAUGGAAUUUUUUCCAGAGCCAAGGGUCUCACAAAGCUGAACAUGAAGGAGAAUAUGCUGACAGCUUUGCCAUUGGAUAUAGGCACUUGGGUAAACAUGGUGGAGCUGAACCUGGCCACCAAUGCACUUCAGAAACUGCCCGACGAUAUAAUGAACCUGCAAAACCUUGAGAUACUCAUCCUGUCCAACAAUAUGCUCAAAAAGAUUCCAAAUACAAUUGGAAAUUUGAGAAGGUUAAGGAUUCUCGAUUUGGAGGAGAACCGUAUUGAGGUCCUGCCACACGAAAUUGGAUUACUGCACGAGCUACAGCGAUUGAUCCUGCAAACCAAUCAAAUCACCAUGCUACCGCGCAGUAUCGGCCACCUGGGCAACCUGACUCACCUGUCUGUUAGCGAGAAUAACCUGCAGUUCCUGCCCGAGGAGAUUGGUUCGCUAGAGAGCCUGGAGAAUCUGUACAUCAACCAGAAUCCUGGUUUGGAGAAGCUGCCAUUUGAGUUGGCCUUGUGCCAAAACCUCAAGUAUCUUAACAUUGACAAGUGCCCGCUAAGCACAAUUCCUCCAGAGAUUCAGGCGGGCGGUCCGUCGCUGGUCCUGCAGUGGCUCAAGAUGCAUUCGCCUUACCGCCAGAUGUGAGAUGUAGACGGCGUUUGGCGCACCGUCUACGUGGGCAGCGACUGCUACUAUCAGUAUGAGCUGCAGACGGUGAACCAGGCGCCCGGUGGAGCUGGAAAUGGUGGUAGUGGUGGAGGAGGAGCAGCAGCCGGAGGAGGUUCCGCAACCAGAAGCAGCGACCGUCGCUAACGGUGCGAUCUCAGCUAACGGGCAAGAUCCUGACCCCAUCCUUAGUCCCAAUCAUUGAUGGGUGAAAACCACGAUAGAUAGGUGUUUUAUUGGAGUUUUAUUUUUAAACUACUCUAACGUGGGAUGUGCUUGAUAAAGGUUCUACUUAUUUUACUUUAAAAUAUACUUAGUUAUUUGACAAAGUCCACAUUAUUGUUGAUGAUUCAUAAAUAUUUUAUGUAGUUUAACCGUCUACUGUGGUUUGCCUCUUUGAUCCGACUGGAGUGCGUUGGCUGAUAAAACGAUAGCUUUAAUACGUUAUACCAAUGUACCGCGUAUUGUAAACUGCCCCGAUUUGCUUUUCUUUCUGUGUUCAAGUCCAGUUCAGAGUUCACACUUUAGGUUCUAAUUUAACGCAUGCUUCCAAGCUAGUCAAAAAUGUAACACGCAAAACGAAACGAAAGUGAAUUGAAAGCUUUAAAUUUCUGUUUGAUAUUUGGUCAUGGAAAAAGCAAAAUCUAUCGUUCAAAACUACACAAAAACAAAAAAAUAAAUACGCAAGCGCCAAGGAAUUGUUUGAAAAAAAUCUAAAACUAAAAACAAAAAAGUGGUUAAGAAAUUAUUAAUCUGUAUACACAUAAAUGGUAGUCGUAUUUUGUAUUAGGAAUCGCAAAAAAUAUAAGCAAGAAGUAUUAAACUGUG